AGACACCUGAUCACCAUGGCAACAACGAUAUUGCCUUUUUACCAGAAGAGGCAUAAACAUUAUGGCUAUGACUACCGCAGCACUGACAGAAGCCUCGUCACGCAGUACACUAGCAAAAGCAGCACAACUAAAAGGUCUUUAUCGGAACUUCAAGCAUCUUCAGCUGCAUCCCAUACAGCCAAAUUCAGUCCAUGUGCCAAGAGGGUCUGCCAUUACCCCAUGGAAGAGGUUCCAGAAUACACUGUGCCCUCAUUUACAAGCAGAGAAGGUGAAGAGGAAUCACCGAGGGUUAAAGCGAGAUCCUUUCCAUAUGGCACCAAGCUCAGGGCCAUGGAGGAUGAGAUUGCCAGGCUGAGCAGAUCUGCUCAUGAAAAAGUGGACAGGCUGGCUCUUAAAAGAAUGGAAGAGGAGAGGACAGCGCUGCAGAGACACAUCCGUGAGGACUUGGUAUGCCGUGCUCCUGAAUUCCUGGUCCGUUUACGGUCCCACACAGUCUGGGAGAACUCCUUUGUGAAGUUGUUUUGUACUGUCCAAGGAUUUCCGACGCCCCUGGUCAGAUGGUAUAAAGAUGACAUCUACAUUGACCAGACAGGAAUACCAGCCAAAUACAGGAUGGAUAGUUAUCAUGGUGUCCACUCCUUGGAGAUUAACAGAUGCUCGACAAACGACACAGCGCAGUACACGGCUGUGGCCUUCAACAUCCACGGGGAGGCUUCGUCCUCUGCUGCCGUCAUUGUCAAACGAUUCCGAGGCGAUGAAGAACCUUACCACUCGGUCCUGCUGCCAGUGAAACUUCCACUGUUGUCACCCCCUACUUUCACACAGAUAGACAUCCAGUACAGUGAGAAGUUUGGGGUGAGCUUCGGAACUGAAGGGGAGACAAUGAUCCUGACCUGCCGAAUGAUCCUGACUCCGAACAUCCACCGACUCCAACCGGAAGCCAUUUGGUACAGGGAUGAUGUUGAGAUAAAGAAGUCGAAGUGGGCCUCGAUGCAGUAUGCAGACGGCACUGCCAUCCUCACCCUGCCUCACCUGAAUAAAGAUGACGAGGGCCUGUACACCUUGCGCCUGAUUACCAGGGGCGGCAUUUCCCAGCACAGUGCCUACCUGUUUGUGAGAGAUGCUGCUGCCCCAGUGGCUGGAGCCCCAGGAGCACCAAUGGAUGUCAUGUACUACGAUGCCAAUAAGGACUACGUCAUCCUCACCUGGAAACCACCAAAUGUCACCCAUGAGAGUCCUGUGAUUGGAUAUUUUGUCGAUAGGUGUGAAGCUGGGACAGACAACUGGGUCCAGUGUAACGAUGCUCCGGUUAAAAUCUGCAAGUAUCCCGUGACUGGCUUGUUUGAAGGCCGGUCCUACAUCUUCCGUGUACGAGCUGUUAAUAAGAGUGGGAUCAGCAAGCCUUCCAGAGUCACGGAUGCUGUGACAGCUUUUGACCCCGCUGACCUCGCGAGGCUUCAGACCAUCCACUAUGAUGCAAGUAGGCAGAUCGUGAUUUCCCAGGAUGACCUGGAAGGCGAUGUAAAGAUCCCUGGCUCACCCACGAAUGUGCACGCAGCCGAGACCAACAAGAAUUACAUCGUGCUCAGCUGGGAACCCCCAGAUCCACGGGGCAGGGAUCCACUCAAGUACUACAUUGAGAAGACAAUGGCCGGCAGCUCCUCCUGGCAAAGGGUCAACAUGGAGAUUGCCACGAGAUCACCACGACUUGCAAUCUUUGAUCUGGCUGAAGGGAAGUCCUAUCAAUUCCGUGUCUUUGCGGUGAACAAGUCUGGUAUGAGCGAACCAUCGGCAUCCACUGAGCCAAUCCUGGUUCAGGAUCACAUCGAGAUCCCGUCUCCUCCAAGUGCUGUCCGAUGUGCGAGAAACACCAGGCAUUCGGUAGUCGUUCAGUGGCUGCCUCCCAAGAAGGGCAGUGAGCUGAUUGGUUACUACGUUGAUUCCUGCCUACUGGGAACCAAUGAUUGGCAGCCGUGUAACCAUAAACCGGUGAAAUAUACCAGAUUUGUAGUUCAUGGCCUAAUCAAUGGACACAAGUACAUCUUCCGUGUGAAAGCCGUAAACGCUGUGGGAGUCAGUGAACUCUCUCAGGAGUCGGAGCCCAUCGUUGUCCAAGCAGCUCUAACCAUCCCAUCAUCGCCCUACGGUAUAACCCUCCUCGACUGUGCCAAUGACUCCAUGACACUGGGCUGGAAGGUGCCCAGGUUUACUGGGGGAUCAGAUAUCACUGGGUACUUCAUGGACCAUCGUGAAGUUACGGAUCUCAAAUGGCAUGAGAGUAACAUUAAAGCAAUCACUGGAACGGUUUAUAAGGUUGAACAUCUGAAGGAAGGCUCUUUCUAUGAGUUUAAGGUCAGCGCCAUGAACCUUGGUGGUGUGGGUAUCCCUUCAGAGUGCAGUCGACCUUUCAAAUGUGAAGCUUGGACCAUGGCCGAGCCAGGACCAACUUACGACUUGACCUUCUGUGAACUGAGAAGCCACUCCCUGGUGAUCCUGUGGAAGCCACCGAUCUAUACCGGCAGUAGUGAUGUCACUGGCUACUUGGUGGACAUCUGUGAACUGGGCUCAGAAGAGUGGAGAACUGUGACAGAACAGCCCGUAAGCACCCGCUACCUGAAGGUUACUCAGUUGGAGGAAGGGAAGAGAUAUAUUUUCAAAGUACGAGCAGUGAACUCGCAUGGAGCAGGGAAGCCAUCUGAGCCUUCAGAGCCCGUGCUGGUUCACACCAGACCAGGAACCAAAGAGAUUUCGGCAGGUGUGGAUGACAACGGCAACAUCUAUAUGAGCUUCCAAUGCUCUGACAUGACCGAUGCCUCCCAGUUUUCCUGGGGCCUGGCCUACGAGGACAUCACUGACUUCUCCCGGGUUCACGUUGAAACAGAGGGUGACACAUCCAAGUUGAUCUUUAAACACCCGGACAUGUCAGACUUGGGAACAUACUCUGUUGCUGUCUCAGACACGGACGGUGUCUCUUCCAGCUAUGUCUUGGAGAAGGAAGAACUGGAACGCUUGCUGGCAUUGAGUCAUGCGAUUAGGCAUCCAACGAUCCCAUUGAAACAUGAAUUAUCCUAUGAAGUCUUUGAAAAAGGGCAAGUCCGUUUUUGGCUUCAAGCUGAGCAUUUAUCAGCUGAAGCUCGGUGCAAGUUCAUUGUCAAUGAUCUGGAACUGCAAGACAGCAAGGAACACAAGAUAACUUUUGAUAAAUCUACUGGUAUCAUUGAGAUGGUUAUGGAACAGUUCACAAGUAAGAAUGAAGGAACUUAUACGGUUCAAAUUGAGGAUGGAAAGGCCAAAAACCAGUCCUCACUGGUUCUGAUUGGAGAUGCAUUUAAGGUUGCUCUGGCAGAAGCAGAAUUCCAAAGGAAAGAAUUCCUGAGAAAACAAGGUCCCCAUUUUGCAGAGUACAUGCGCUGGCAUGUGACAGAUGAGUGUCAAGUUGAGCUGACAUGCAAGGUGGCAAACACACAGAGGGAGACAGUGUUCGUUUGGUACAAGGACUCUGUGCCCGUUACUGUUGAAGAGCCGCCUAAUUUUGAGACAGGAGUGUGCAAGAUGCCCCUUCCAGAGUUCUCCAAGAAGGACAUGGGCGAAUACCAGAUGACACUGAAGGAUGAGAAAGGUCAAGAUGUCUCCGUACUUCAAGUGGCUGGGAAAGUGUACGAGGAGAUUGUUCAGGAGGUCAGCAGAAUCAGUGGGCUAUCUGCUUCUGAGCUGAAGAUAAAGUGCACCCCAGAAGGAAUAAGGAUCCUGUCCUUCCUGAAGUACUACAUGGAGGAUAUGAAGGUUUUCUGGUAUCACAAAGAUUCGAAGAUUGCUUCAUCUGAAAAGAUGAGAAUCGGUGGAAGUAAUGACCAGGUUUGGAUGCAGAUCUGUGAACCCACAGAGAAAGACAAGGGAAAAUACACCAUGGAGAUCUUUGAUGGCAAAACCUCUUACAAACGGAACCUGGACCUGUCAGGAGAGGCUUACACUGAGGCAUAUAAUGAAUUCCAGAGACUCAAAGCCGCAGCGUUUGCAGAAAAGAAUCGUGGCAAAGUUCUAGGUGGAUUGCCUGAUGUGGUCACCAUAAUGGAAGGCAAGACACUGAGCCUCACGUCCACCGUGUUUGGAGACCCAAUUCCUGAGGUGACCUGGUUGAAGAAUGACAAGGACCUGGAGAUGAAUGACCACCACAGCUCGACCCUCGAACAGGGAAAGUUUGCCUCCCUCACCAUCAAAUCUGUCACCACAGAGGAUUCAGGGAAAUACAGCAUUAACGUCAGGAACAAGUAUGGUGGUGAAACGAUUGAUGUCACUGUAAGUGUCUACAAACAUGGAGAGGCAGUACCUGAGGUGAAGAGAGGGGUUGUCCUUCCACCAGACUCCAAGCCUGCAGAACCUUCAAAGAGUUCAAAGUCUGCCAGGAGAAAGUGAUGACCUAUUGUAAACAUGGCAUGAACUGCAGUGAAUAAUUACCCAUGAAGCUUAAUGUAGAAUAUAAACUCUAGGAUUAGAAGUGUCAAUCUUAAUCUGCAGCAUCGUAUUUUUAUUCUUUGGAUGGUGCUCAAUUCUCAAAUGUCAGGUCAGUUGGAGGAAUUUCUCUGCUCUGGCCCUCCUGGUGGUUGUUGGCAAAAAUCACUCAUUUACCUGUUUAAUGUUAAUCAACUGCCCGACAAAACUAGGAAUACCAGAGCACAAAUAUUCCACUAUAGUCUCCUUGCUGAAUUAUGCCUUUCCCUGGCUGUUUACAGAGAAAUAUAGUUUGUAAAUGCACCUUGUGGCAGUAACAUUGUACCUACGGAGAAGGGAAUAAUAUUAAUCUCACACCCUUCCAAAUCAAUUGUUACAACAAAACCAGCUACCACCAACCCAUGGCUGCACUUCACUCCCUCUGUAAUCACAUUACUUGACUAAUCUUGUGUUUUGUUUGUCGUGCUUUGCAUCAAUAAAAAUUGCCUUUCACGGCAAUGUUUAACCCUCA